UCUCGUCUGCAAUCGGGGUUGGGUUUCCCAUGGAGGAUGUCGCACGCCGCCAUGUUCCUGCCGGCGGAGGAGACGGCCUCGUCAGCGCCCUGCCGGAGGAUCUGCUCCUCCAGGUCCUCGUCCGCCUCCGCUGCGCCCGCGCCGCCGCGCGCACAGGGCUCCUCUCCCGCCGGUGGCGCGGCCUCUGGACCCGCCUCCCCGACCUCGUCUUCCGCGACCUAGCGCUCGGCCCGCUCCAACUCCAAGCCGCCAUGGAGCGACUAUGCAUGAUACACUACCGUUUCUUUUUGCAGGGUUCGACUAGUUAUCCUGAUGCAGAGUUCAGCUUGGAGCAGGAGAUAGAGACGCAUCUGGUUACCGACUUCUCUGUUUUGGAGCUACAUUUCACGACAAUGGAGCUUGAUCAUCGUGUCAGAUCAGUGAGGCAUGUUUUUGGAGCAUUUGCGUGCAUCUACUUGGGAUGCAUCCGAUUCGUUCUGCUACACGAAAGCUUAAGAUCAUCUUACAGAGAUCAGAGUUCAAAGAAGAAUGCCCGGUAAAUUGUCCCUGCGAUGAGCCCAGGAGCUGGAGAAGCAAAAAUUUCUCCUUGAUCAAUCUCGAAGAAGUGGAAAUGGAAGGCUUCGAUGGGGAGGACCAUGAGUUUGACUUGCUGAAAGUGAUAAUCAGAUGGGCGCCAAUGCUUAAAAGAAUGGCUGUGCGGAUAAAUGAUUAGUAUGCUCCUAGGUGAAACUAUAUAUUUUUUAACCUUUGCACACUUAGAUGAAGCCUAAACUCAUGAUCAUGACUGUUCACCUUGUGCCUAUAUCGUGCUCUGAACCUUUAUAGUUAUGUUCUGUUAGUGUCUUUCAUGUUGUGCACAUUUCUAGACUGGUUGGAAAGUGUGCCAACUUUUCAUC